AUGCACUUCUCUUUUUCUGAUGGACACAGAAUUCCCGUUUUGGGUUUGGGAACGUGGACCUCUCCUGUAGACAAAGUAAAAACGGCAGUGCUAACUGCAUUGGAGAAUGGUUAUCGUCAUAUUGACGGUGCGUUUGUUUACGGAAAUGAGAAAGCGAUCGGCGAGGCCUUAAAGGAAGGAAUGAAGAAAUUUAACCUUCGAAGAGAAGAUAUAUUCGUCACUUCAAAGGUUUGGUGCACAUAUUUUCGCCCGGAACUUGUCCGAAAGUGCUGUGAAAAUACCUUAAAGGAUUUGCAACUGUCAUAUGUCGAUUUAUAUCUGAUUCAUUGGCCAGUGGCUCUAAAGCCUGGCGACGAAAAUUUCCCCAAGAUCGAAGGCGGUGAUACUCUGGCACUGGACCACCCACCACUCGUGGAGACUUGGAAGGCAAUGGAGCAGUUAGUUCGCGACAAAAUGGUCAAAUCUAUUGGUGUCUCCAAUUUCAACAAGCGUCAAAUUGACAUGAUUUUGGCUGAUUGUACCAUAAAGCCAGUCAACUUGCAAGUGGAAAUUCACGUCAAUUUUCCAAAUUCGAAGCUCGUUGAAUAUGCCCACUCCAAAGGAUUGACAGUCACUGCCUACGCUCCUCUUGGUUCACCUGGUGCAUCACCGGGUGAAGUCGAUUUGCUUACUGCUCCGUGGGUUUGUGAGAUCGCCGAUCGCCACCAAAAGACCACAGCUCAAGUUCUUUUACGCUAUCUGUUACAGCGCAAUAUAAUCGUGAUACCGAAGUCCGUGACCCCUGCUCGUGUAAUCGAAAACUCUAAGGUAAGCUGCCGGCAAAGCUGCCAGACCAGUGUACCAGAAGAAAAAAACAGAAAUCAAGAAACGUUUGGUUAG